AUGGAGUUUGCCUGGAAGGACGCCACGGUGGUUCUAUUCCUGUCUACAAUUCAUAAUGGUCAAAACUACAUCGCGAAGCUACGAAAACGACCCUCUACAGUGUCCACAGGCUACAGGCAAACAGCGAAGGUGUUCGGCGAUAAGGCUAGGAAGGAAUUGGAUAUACCAGACUUCAUAGAGAAGUACAAUCUCUUCAUGUGCGGCGUCGACGUGGCCGACCAAUUAAGGUCCUACUACAACACCGAGAGGACUCAUAGGAAGACGUGGAAGCCUCUAUUCUUUCCUAUUAGAUACAGUAGUUGGCAAUUGUUACCAGCUGUCCACCUACAGGAUAGUGGGUGA